UGUUCAGAUGCAUGUUAUCUCACACUGGAUCCAAACACAGCACACACUCAACUCAUCUUGUCUGAAGACUACAGAAAGGCAACACACGUCGAAGAUCAUCAGCCGUAUCCUGAUCAUCCAGAGAGAUUUGAGCAGCAUGAGCAGGUUUUGUGUGGAGAGAGUCUGACUGAACGCUGUUACUGGGAGGUUGAAUGGAGUGGAUGGGCUUAUAUAGCAGUGACAUAUAAAGCAAUCAACAGGAAAGGAGGAAGUGAAUCUUGGUUUGGAUACAAUGACAAAUCCUGGAGUCUGUACUGCACUGAAAACAGAUACUCUGCCUGGAAUGAUAAUAAGAAAACUGACAUACCAGCCCCUUCAUCCUCUAAUAGAGUAGGAGUGUAUGUGGAUGUGUCAGCUGGCACUCUGUCCUUCUACAGCGUCUCUGACACACACACACUCACACACUUACACACAUUCAACACCACAUUCACUGAACCCCUCUAUGCUGGAUUCAGAGUAUUUAAAUCAUCAUUGUCUCUAUGUCAGAUUAAAUAAUCUGCUGUGAGAAACAACUGAGACAUCACAAACAAAUGGUCUAUUUUUUCAGAAACAUAUUUGUCCUAUUUUUUUUCAUACAUAACUCAACUUACAAACAUUAGAACAUUUUGAUGCUUUCAGUGUUGCCUUUUGCCUUUAGCUCACAAUGCUACAUAAUUUUAGUGUUGCUGAAGAUUGUUUUGUUGUAAAGUCAUUUUUGGCUCACUCUAUUUAACACUGUUGUUACUGCAAAAUUAUAAUUCUGAGCAAGUCGUGUUUUGCUUUGUUGCUACCUUGGCAUGUUACACUUUAUAGGUUUUUUUUUUCUUACUGUUUUGCAUCAGAUCAGGUGAAAAUGUCUCUUUAAUGUAACAGCUGCACAGUGUAACACUGAGUUACUGGUUUUCCUCAAAUCUUUGCACAUGGUGAAUCACAUUCACUGUCUGUCACGUUGUGUUUAUAGCUCAGAUUCAGUGCUGAGAGAUUCAGACUCUAAACAUUGAGAUGAAACGGGCGAUGUACUGCAGUGUGUGAUUACAGCAUGUGUUCAGACAGACGUCACACUCACACAGUCUGCUCUCCUCUAUUUCAUCUGUCUUUCUGAUUUCUCCUCUCAUCUCUGUCUGUUUUCAUUCUUCAUCUUCAUCGGUUGCUCUCUCAUGUCCUGAAUGGAUGUUGUUGGAGUCUCUGCUGCUGGACGGGGGUCUCUGAGUCUGUGUGU